AUCGGAGCUUAUGCCUUAUGACUGACAGUGCUUAUGACUUAUGCAAGUUUUAAAAACUUUCACUGAAUCCAAUUUAUUUAUUUUAUUACAACUAGACUACAACAUUUAACAUGGUCAUGGUUUAAAGUUUAAGUAAUAAGUAAGUAAGCAAGUUAAAAACUACAAAAUAAAAAAAUUAAAAAUGAACACUCAAAUAGGCUUAGACUUAGGCCUAACACACUCAUAACACAGCCUAACAUAAGACAAUAAGUUUUUAGUUAAGUGAGAUGACACAAGAUCAGUUCAAGUAUUUGAAAUCCCUAUUAUUAAUAGGCUAUUAAAUAGGCUAUUACUAUUGACUGUUGUCAAUUGUCACUAUUGACAUAAUUAACUAUUAUUAAUACUAAUACUGAAUAAUUAGUAGUAUUAGCACCAGGAAAAAAUUUAAAGAUAUAAUAUAAAAAUAUAUGUUUAUACUAUAUCCAUAAAUAAUUGUUUAUUUUUGGACACCAAUGAUUUAAAACAAAAAUAUGGUCGCCUUUUAUUAAAGUCAAAGCCCAGGAAAGUGACAAUAAUAAUAGAAUAAGUUGAAUAAUGUUUAAUUUCAAUAAUUCACUGCCUGACAUGUGGUGAUCUUUGAAUGGCUCACAUUCAAAAUUUUAAGUAUGCACUUUAUUGAAACUGUGGUGCUUUUAGUUUUAGUUCUAUAUUCUAUUGCUUUUCUAUUUCAUUCCAGGGGUGCCCACGCUGCUUGAUUGCAUCAAAUGGAGUGACACACGGUUAUAAUUCGGUAGCACUUCCACUUAAGACUACCACCAUACCAGAAUUGACUGUUCUAAACAACCAACCUUCUUUUAACUCCAAUUUAAACAUUCACCCCAUAUUCAUUUCUCAAAAUUUGAUCUAUGUUCACUUCUAAAUAAAUCAGUCCACAGUAAAUACGUUAAUACUAAAAUACCAUUAAUGUAGGCCUGCUACAUGACAACUCACAAGACAAGUUUAGGUAAGUUCAUUAAUAAAAAGGUUUUUUUAAAAAUAUUUACCGUAUUAAAUGUUUUGUUCUUUUAACAAAUUGAUAAGCAAGAUCUCUUUACUUUUGUGUUUAUUUCAAAUAUUUCUCUUUUAAGAUGCCUAUCUAAUAACUCUUCUUUUUUGGGUAGAAGAUCUGUCAAUGGCAGAGAAGGGUCAAACCAGCUCCAUGACUUCUGUAACGGAAGAAGACUCAUCUCCGGACUCUGAAUCUGAUACAACAGAAUCGCUUUCCAAUCACACUUCUUCUGUCAUGAGCAGCACUGACACGGAUGACAAACUGACCCCAGGAUUAAUUAAUAUUACAAUAUCAACAAAACCAACUAAGACAAGAAAACAGCAGAACAUGGUUGAAAUGAAAAAUACAGACGAAUGCGAAGCUAUCAGUCCUGUAGAACCUGAUGAUUUUCCUUUGAAAAAUGCAGAAAGUGAAACUAGCUAUAAACUUCCUCUUCCUGAAACUUUCAUUACAUCUUAUGUUUUUCCAUAUGGCUCUAAUCCUCUUCCGUUGGAAGGUACAGAUUUCAGUUCCAUGGCAUACAUGAAAAAAAAAAAAGGCAUCUCAUUACCUCCAAAGUAUCAAGGUCAGUCUAGUAACCUUGGUGAGGAUUAUGGCUGUAAAGAAAAUCUAGGCCUUGAUGAUACCGACAACAAAUUGAGCACAGACUUUUCGGAUACAAGCAGUAUACAGAUUCAAAGAAGUAGAGGCAAUGGGACAGCGGAUAUAGUUGAUGAAGCUUGUGCAGCAAAAAGAUACAAGACCAGUCAUCAGAGGCCAUUUUAUCCUGACCUAUCCUCUUCACAUUGGUACCAAGCCAGCUGCUUCGACCACUACUGGAAACACUACAGAUUUGUUAUGGACUGGUAUCAGAAACAUAUUGAAGCUAUAAAGACCUUGCAGGGUCAGAUGGGAGCGCCAUUGUUUUUCCCUUCACAUUUCAACACCGUUUCACCUCAAAGAUCACAUCAUCAGUAUUCUAGAAGAAAUGAAAGAUUAAAGAGAUCCAGGUAAACUGACUGACCAUCAGAUUUGUUAAGUUGUCAUGGUAGAAUCUUGUUAUAACAAUUAUUAAUACAAUCUUCUUACAUGUUUUUUUAAACAGGGAACAACUGCUAUUUAAAGAGUGAUAGUUUUAAAAAAUAUACCGCAACUACUAAGCUUUUUUUUUUUUUUUUUUUACUACACUUACACUGUUUUUUUAAAUUUUGCAUUUUUUUUUACCAGUAUAAUUUUUAUAUUUGUUUUCGAAAGUCAUUUUUUAAAUUUUUUUUUUUUUUUUUUUACUACACUUACACUGUCUUUAUAAAUUAUGCAAUUUUAUGUACCAGUAUAAUUUGUAUAAUUGUUGUCGCAAGUCAUUAUUUAAAUCAACAAAACAUUUCUAACAGGAGGAGGUCCAAUGCUAGGACAAGAAAAGAAAAGUGUGGCUCUACGUCUCUCUCUGUGUCAGAUGAAGUGACUGGAACUGGUGGUUCAUCAGGACACAGCCGUGAAGUUCUCAGUGAUGAUGAAAAUAUAGAAAUGGAAAUAACUGAAGACAUGGUUCAAUUUUUUGCAACUUCAUUGAAACAUAAAUUGGAAAGAGGUAGAAUAGCCAGAUUUUUUUUUAUCCUACACUAUCAAAUAGGCUUUGUCAUUUCUUAGACCGGAAAACGACAUAGCGUACUAUUUUUAGAAGGUCAGCGGACAAAUAUUGCUUAAAACAAGGCAGCUUAAAGUGUGUUUCAGCAUAUCUUUCGGACGAUCCUUGUAUCUAGAGUUUCUGUUACAUUUGCCGUUCGAGCAAUGAAGUCACAUUUCAGAAAAUAGAAGUAAAAAAAAAUAUGUAAAAUAUUUUUUAAAAUAGAGUUGUAAACAAAUUUCAAGGACACUUCGCUAACAUAGUAAUACUGAACAGUGUUGACAUUUUGUCCGCGCUGAGUACCCGGAUGAUGAGUAAUAAUGACAUCAGUUCUAUUAAAAGAUUUCCGCCAUUAAAUGACAAGCCCAAUACUGACUAUUGCUUGCUACCUAAGGUAGUACCUUAUAAGUUUUCCUAAAAGUAAAGUGCACCUUUUUUAUUAAUUACAUGUAUCUAAAAAAUUGAGUUAUCUAUGACUUGAUGUACUAGUCAGUCCUAUGCAGUGAUUGCAUGCAAGUAGGGCUUAGAAUGAUAAAACUUAAGGACUUAAUUUUCUUGAUAUCUUAUAACAAACAACCCCCCCCCCCCCUCUUAACCACAGGGCUAAAUAACAGGAGCCUUAACUAAUAAAAAAAAAAUUGAGUUAUCUAUGACUUGAUGUCCUAGUCAGUCCUAUGCAGUGAUUGCAUGCAAGUAGGGCUUAGAAUGAUAAAACUUAAGGACUUAAUUUUCUUGAUAUCUUAUAACAAACAACCCCCCCCCCCCAUCUCAACCUGAAGGAAAGAGAAAUGGUUCUUUACAUAAUAAAAUUUCAAAUCUAUGAUAUCAAAUGUACAUUGGUAACUAUGAUUGAAAACUGCACUAAAUCACUAAAAUAUUAACCUAGUUUUUUAAUAGAGAUUUUGAAUUGAACUGAAUAGUUUUAUUCAGGAUUAUAUUAAUAAAUGCCAAAAUAAUGAGAACUAUAGAAAACUUUAUGCAAGUUACAAAAAUUAUUUUCUUGAUAAUUUACAAAUAGUUAAAGCUUAAAUUUAUUUUAAAAAAUGAAGUUUUGCAUUUCCUUUGAAGAUGUUUGCCAAUCAAUGACAUUGUUAAAGUUUAAAAGUGGGUUGGAUUUUUUUAUUUCAAGAAUUCGAGAAAGCACUUGUAUUUAAUAAUUUGAUGUAUUGUGUAGCUUAAAAAAAGGUAAAAUUCUUUUUUUUUUGUCAUCAGACAAUGCAAAACAAGAUUCUGAUCUGGAAAAUGGUCAAGAAAGAUUGAAUAUUGAAGAAGGUAAGAAUAAUUAACUUGACGUUAUUAAUUUUAUCAGACCCAGAGAGGUGAGCCCACCCAGAUCUGUUUCCCAUGCUCACACAAAAAGAAUCUUAAGAAGACAUCACAAGAAUUUCAAUAAAGACCCGAGUUAGCAACUGUUUGCAUUGUUUUUAAGAUGUAUGACACGUUCCUUUUUAAGCACAUACCUGGAAAUUAUAUUUUUACUUUGAUACAUUAUUCUGCAUGAACACCAUCUCUUAAACUAUAAUUGAUACAAUGAAAAACCCUGUUCAAAAUGACUUUUUUGUUUAGAAUAAUUAGUAGCUUUUAUUUAUAUGUCCUCAGCAAGGAAAGGCCAGCAGAGCCACAGCAUAUUGGCACCACGAGAGCAGCCCGGCGUGAGAAGAGCAACAGAAUUGAGAGAGCUCUAUGGAGCUGGCGCUCCUAUGAUACAUGGCAUGGAGACUGCCCUUCAGAUGACAUACGAUCGAUUUUCUGACAAAUUUCAAUCAAAAAUGUGGCCAAAUAUGCCUUUAAAAAUCAUAUUUACUUAAAAAUUAUCUCUGGGCUUUGUUAUAAAUGUUCACUGUAAGUUAACUAUUCACAUAUUUUUACAGUUGAAUAAAAUUUCUGUUUCAAACCAUCA